AUGAUAUUCGAGGGACGAUUUAUUCGAAUCCAAACGUAUGCGGUAUUGGGUGAUCCGUCGCGCUUGAAGAAGAUUAUCAAUUCAAUUGUCAUGGGCACCGUCAUCGACUCUCAUUUCUUGGCACUCACAGCCAUCGUUACUUUUUGCUAUCAGUUGUCGUUCUUCGUAGUCACAGCACUUCUCAAAUUCGAUAAAGUCACCGAUUUUGCAGGAAGCACAAAUUUUGUCAUACUCGCUCUAUUAACAUUGAUUCUAAAAGGAUCAUGGCACGUUAGACAGGUGGUUUUGAGCUUCCUUGUUGUAGUAUGGGGUCUUCGCCUUGGAGUGUUUCUAUUAAUGAGGAUCUUGAAUUGGGGAGAAGAUCGACGCUUUGAUGAGAUGCGUGAAAAUUUGGGAAAAUUGGCGGUUUUCUGGAUCUUUCAGGCUGUAUGGGUUUGGACAGUUAGUUUACCUGUGACAAUUGUGAAUGCAAGUGACUCAAAUCCAGGAAUUGAAGCUCGCGAUAUAAUUGGAUGGAUUAUGUGGGGUGUGGGCCUCACAAUUGAAGCCACAGCUGAUCAACAAAAGCUAAUGUUUAAAAAUUCUCCAGAAAAUAGAGGAAAAUGGUGUGAUGCUGGAUUAUGGGGGUAUUCUCGUCAUCCUAACUACUUUGGCGAGAUUUUUCUUUGGUGGGGAAUCUUUGUGGGGUCCACCCCUGUUUUAGAUGGUGCUGAAUGGCUAGUUGUACUUGGGCCAGUGUUUUUAACAUUGUUGCUUCUUUUCGUUAGUGGGAUACCCCUCCUUGAGGUAUCUGCAGAUAAGAAGUAUGGAAACGUGGCUGCUUAUCGACAUUAUAAAAACACUACCAGUCCUCUCAUUCCACUGCCUCCUGUGGUGUAUGGAAGCUUGCCCUCAUGGUUGAAAGUAGGUUUUCUGUUUGAGUUUCCUUUAUACAACAAGAAUCUUCCUAAAGAAGAAGUGUUAGGCUGGAAGAAAGAUGGAAGUACUACAAAAAUAGGUUGA